GGCGCGGUUGAAGGCAGAGUGAGUUGCUGAGGGGAGACCCGGCGAUUACUCCUGUCACCACCAUGGCAGCUCUCCGCUACGCGGGCCUGGACGACACGGACAGCGAGGAUGAGCUGCCUCCCGGCUGGGAGGAAAGAACCACCAAGGACGGCUGGGUGUACUACGCCAACCACACCGAGGAAAAGACCCAGUGGGAACAUCCAAAAACCGGCAAAAGAAAACGAGUUGCAGGAGAUUUGCCAUAUGGCUGGGAGCAAGAGACUGAUGAGAACGGACAACUGUUUUUUGUUGACCACAUAAAUAAAAGAACUACCUACUUGGACCCAAGGUUGGCAUUUACUGUGGAUGAUAAUCCAACAAAGCCAACCACCAGACAGAGAUACGACGGCAGCACCACCGCCAUGGAGAUCCUGCAGGGCCGAGACUUCACGGGAAAGGUGGUCCUGGUUACCGGCGCAAAUUCAGGAAUAGGGUUUGAAACCGCCAAGUCCUUUGCCCUCCAUGGUGCACACGUGAUCCUGGCCUGCAGGCACAUGAGCAGAGCCAGCGAGGCAGUGUCCCGCAUUCUGGAAGAAUGGCACAAAGCCAAGGUAGAAGCAAUGACCCUGGACCUGGCUGUGCUCCGCAGCGUGCAGCAUUUUGCUGAAGCGUUCAAGGCCAAGAAUGUGUCUCUUCAUGUGCUUGUGUGCAAUGCGGGGACUUUCGCUCUACCCUGGACCCUCACGAAAGAUGGCCUGGAGACGACCUUCCAGGUCAAUCACCUGGGACACUUCUACCUUGUCCAACUCCUGCAGGACAUUUUGUGUCGCUCAGCCCCUGCCCGUGUCAUCGUGCUGUCUUCUGAGUCCCACAGAUUUACAGAUAUUAAUGAUUCCUCAGGGAAACUUGACCUCAGCCGCCUGUCUCCAUCACAGAGUGACUAUUGGGCCAUGCUGGCUUAUAACAGAUCCAAGCUCUGCAAUAUCCUCUUCUCCAAUGAGCUGCACCGUCGCCUCUCCCCACGAGGGGUCACUUCGAAUGCCGUGCACCCUGGAAACAUGAUGUUCUCAUCCAUCCAUCGAAACUCAUGGGUGUACACGCUGCUGUUCACGUUGGCCAGGCCAUUCACCAAGUCCAUGCAACAGGGAGCUGCUACCACUGUCUACUGUGCAGUCGCCCCCGAGCUGGAAGGCCUUGGAGGGAUGUAUUUCAACAAUUGCUGCCGUUGCCUGCCGUCUGAAGAGGCUCAGAGCGAAGAGACAGCCCGGGCCCUGUGGGAACUCAGCGAGAGGCUCAUCCAGGACCGACUGGGCAGUCCAUCCAGCUAAGCUAAUCAGAGCCCCGUAAUUUUGGGCAACCUCCCUAUCCCUCCUCUGACCCUCAUAACUGCCAGCCCAUCAUCUAGGGGUGCCCCUCACCCUCCAGUGCAGAGCCAUGAGAGUAAAAGAAAUAAGAACAGCUAUAACCAAUGUGAAAGGUUGAGUGUCAGUGGGAAGCAGGGCCUUUCAAGGGAUAAUGUCCCUUUUGUAGGUCAGGGUUAGUCAUGGAUCUGCUUGCUUUUCUGGUGGUGGCCUCCUUGAAACCAGAAGCAUGGUUAAUAUGUAGGUUCCUUUGCUCAUUGUAGAAACACAAGUGAUUCUCUAUUACCUUUGGAAUAACCUAAUGUCCCCUUGACCCACCCAAGCACCCCCGCCCCCGGCCACCACUGCCACACAAGGCUGGCUUUCCCCUAUUGAGGGAAGAAAAAGAACGCGUUCACCUCUCCAUGCUGAGCUCAGUCCCGGAGGCCAACAUUUCAUACUUCCCUACCAAGUCUGACCAGGCUUGGCAACUUUGAGAGAAACUCAAAACCGUGUCUCAACAGAACCAAUGUGCUGGUGCCAUCAGAGGGGAGCAGAGCCGGUGUGCUGAGGUGGUGGGUCCCAAGAGCACCUUUUGCUGUCUUCCUUGCCAAAGCUAUGCAAGCAUUUUUUUUUUUUUUAGUGAUUAUAACAAAUACAUUUUCGCAAAUCAUUCCCUAGAUACACAGGUGGACAAGGAAGGAAGCAAGGUUUCCUUAAGACCCAGAGGAUAUUCUUGAGGUGGGAAAUAGGAAGUAGUUCCCUCAUUUCUUUACUCACAGUUCCAAGGACAACCCCCUGAGGGAGUGUCAGGGCCUCUCAGUCCUCUUGAAUCAGUGGCUAGCUUCAGCUUCCCUUGGUUCCUCCCAUCCUAUGCUUAAUAAAAG